AUGCGGCUCUGGUUUGUGCUAUCCUUUUGUCUUUUACAUGUUCACAGUAUCACUCAGCUCACGUUCACUGGCGACAACGUGAAUCCUGUUUUGAGGUGGGGUUUUGUUGCUUUAGAGCUCGUUCUUGGCUAUUUCAUACCUAAAUCAAAGAAUUCGAAUGAAAAAUAUUGUAAUUGGCCAUUUCAGAAAAGGUUUUGUUAUUGACCAUAAUUUAUGGUGACAAAUAACAAUACGAAUAAACUUUCAGUGAUGACAACCGCUACGUACUGUUUGAAGCUUCAGGCGGAGAGUACGGUCACAAAUGUUCUCAGAUAUACCUGAUCGACCUCGAGCAUUUAUCACAAGAUCCUUAUCGUAUCAGUAGUGGGUAUGGUACUGCUAGAAACCCUAGUUUCACUGAAGUUCAUGGCAAAAUGGGUGCAGUAUACUCUACUGACCUUCAUUACCAUCUGCCCAUUGGAAGUAAAACUGUAGAUGACACUUGUCGACAACAUCUUUGCGAUCGCAAAAGAAACGACAUUACUCUGAGAAGACUUUGUAAGCGCUGUAAAUUUAAUUUAGAAGUAGUUAUAUUGCUUAAGAUUACUGUAGCUUUAAAAUUAUUUGAUUGUGUGAUUACUGUAACUUUAAAGAGACCUUAUUGUAGGCUCAAACAGAACGUUGGAAGAACUAAUGCCAACUUCCGAUAUCUACAGAGUAAAUUGGGUUGGAAAUGUCGAAAAAGUAUUGACUGGUGGUUUUUACAGUAAUACCGAGCCUACAGUAAGAAAGAAACGGAUACUGUACACUUCAAUGAAAUCAGGCGAUCCAGACCUCUGGGUAUCUGAUACUGAUGGCCAAAACAAAAAGCAGGUGAGUCUUGACACAUAUUUUAUGUAUAUAGACGUUGUAUGUUUUUUUCUAUGUUGUUUUAGUUUCUAAUUUUGAUAACUUGUAGCUGACAAACGAUAUUGGCUAUGAAGGGGAAGCGUCUGUGUCUCCAACUGGACGAACUGUGGUGUAUACGGCUACUGUACCUGAUAAUCAUAGACGAUACCAAAAGUUACUGCGGUAGGAUAUGUUUUAUUGUAUUACUUGAAGCAUCAAACAUACUAUGUAUAGUGACAAUAUCAUUUAAAAAAGGUAUAAGCCCUACUUUUACAGCUACAACUUGGUGGACAAAACCAAUACACAACUGUUUGUGAUGAACAGUGAUGGCACUGGCAAGCGACAACUAACUAACCUUAGGGGAUACAAUGGCAGAGCACGGUUUCUGAAUGAGGCUACUGUAAUUUUCCGCUCGAAUGACUAUAAGACCUACCUUAUUCAAACCGAUGGCACCAACCUUCGACCGGUAAGAUUGACAAAGUUUUCAUCAUAAGUUGUACUAUUUAUUAUAGUUUAUGCACUAUGGUAAACACGGCUAUCCUACAGUAUCCAGAGACAACAAGAAAUACUUAUGGUCGAGCAAAGAUAAUGGCACUGGGAAUAUCUACCUAUCUGAUAUUGAUGUAGCAACAAGGCUUCAAUUUAAAUCUUAUACUAAGAAAGAGAGUACAGUAAUUCAGCACGAAGAAGAAAGUACAGUAACCGAGAAGGUGGAAGAGUUACAUUAUCCAGAAGAAAAGCAUCUGAAUUCAGUAGCACAGUUGACGUUUGGAGGACAGAACGCCGAAGGCUAUUUUAACUUUGCUUCGAAGAAUAUUCUGUUCCAAGCGAUGGGCAAGGAACGGUACGGAACGUUGUGUGAUCAGGUACGUUUAAUAUCAUUGGGAGUAUAAUUCUGUAUUAAUCAUUUUUAAGGGGCCAUUAUAGGCUAACUUACUUUUAGUAUAGAGUAAAACUACAGUAUUUCAGAUAUACAAACUGAACAUCGAGAAGCUAGUGGACGAGAACACCCACCUCCAACGUAUCAGUACUGGACUAGGAGCCUGUACCUGCUCCUACUUCUUCCCAGACGACCAAACCUACAUCUAUGCCUCUACCUUUGCCGCAGUAAAACCAGAUCACCUGGAGAACACCUGUCCUCCGAAGAAGUGCCAGAGUUCAGAAGCUACCACAGACCCGAUUCUGAAGAAACUGUGUAACACAUCGUACACCUGGGACAUCGUCCCCGACUAUGACAUCUACAAGGUCAACAAGUACGGUAACAUCAUCAAGAGACUCACCAGUACUCCGGGCUAUGACGCUGAAGGUGCUGUAUCACCUAACGGCAAGAACAUCGUGUUCAUGUCAAUGAGAACGGGGGACCCCGAGCUCUGGCUGAUGGAUUCUGAAGGCGAGAACUUGAGACAGGUAAGGAGGAUAUCAUUCUGAAUCUUAUGAAAGAUUACAAAUCACUAACUAAAAGUAAAGUACAAUUACUAGUAUAUUGUUUUAGCUAACAAAUGUGGUUGGUUACGAUGGAGGUCCAUUCUUUUCUCCUGAUGGUACCAAAGUCAUCUUCAGGGCCUCACGACCAAAAACAGAACAAGAGUUGGAAAAGUAUAGGAAACUGUUAAGGUAAUAUGUCACAUUCUACAUUAUCCUUGGUAAAAUACGAUUUCGAUCCACUAUUCUUAAGUAAACUACAAAGAUCUUUAAGGCAAUCUAAAUUAGCUCAAUAAAAAAUUAAUAAAGUAUCUGCUUUCACCUCUCUUAACUACUAGUCUUUCAGUUACAACUUGGUGGAGCCAUUAGAAAUGGAGCUGUUCGAGAUUAACAUUGAUGGUACUGGAAUGCGACAAAUUACUUAUUUGGGUGGCUCCAAUUGGGCACCAUUCUUCUUGUUGGACAAUGACAGAAUAUUAUACAGUACCAACUUUAACGUCACUGGAUUUGGAGCUUUCGACAUUUACAUGGUGAAUCGAAAGGCUGACAAAUUGGAAAGGGCAAGUUUUAUGGCUUAACGUAUAGUUAAGAUAUGAGCUUAACUAUAAAAUAACGGUGCCCUUUUACACUUAUCUUUGAAUAAGGUAGAUUAAAAAAGUUAUCAAAGAAACUAACAUGCCUAAGAUGAGACAGUUUUUAGAUUACAUACAACAAAAACGGCUUCGACUCCUUCCCAAUGCAAAGCCGCGACGGUAAGAAGGUCAUCUGGGGCAGUAGUCGGAACGGUAAGACACCGUAUGACUUGAAUCUGUUUCUCGCUGACUGGACUGAUUAG